AUAGCGCAAUCAGUUGAGUUGAAAUCGCCGAGAAAGACGCUUCUAUCGCUCGUCGAGCCUUAUAUUCCGCUUCACGCACGGCAGAAUACCAUUGUUCGGGGAUAUGGCACCGGUGCCUUCGGUUAUUUCAUUGGGGUGACUAAAAAAGGGGUUGAUGAUCUAGGGUGGGACAUAUUAUAUUUUCCCUAAACGACCGUUAGAAUUGAAGUGGAGUUUUUGUGCAUACUAUAAGUGAAUGAAUCAACUCUAGAAAAUUGGAGUAUUUGUGUGGAUUAACCAUCGAAUUAUAAGCCAGAAAAAUCUGGUGGAGAAGGAUUUUUAGAGAAACAUAAAUUUGCAUAUAAAAAUUUAACGUGCUCUCAAUAAACGGAAUUACACAACAUUACAUCUUCACAAGGGCGACGGAAAUAUUUACAUGGGUUUGUCUGAAGUUCAAAGCGGUACAGACGCGUGCCAUUGCAACACGGAAGUAAUCCCGCUCAAAAGGAAAAUGCAUAUUUUGAAAAAAAUCAAAAAGCGUUUUGGAUUGGCACGACGAAGUCCAACAUCAUGCCCGGGUCCAAAUAACUUACCACCGCUACAAUUUCACGCCGUUCACGGUGAUAACAUUCGAAUAUCACGCGAUGGAACCUUGGCACGUCGAUUUGAAAGUUUUUGCCGUGCAAUAACAUUCUCAGCUCGUCCAGUACGAGUGAAUGAACGUGUUUGUGUGAAAUUCGUUGACGUUGCAAAUAACUGGAAUGGUGGCGUACGUUUUGGAUUCACAAAUCAUGAUCCCAGUACAUUAGAAAGUGCACUACCAAAGUAUGCAUGUCCAGAUUUAACAAAUCGUCCAGGAUUUUGGGCUAAAGCAUUGCAUGAACAAUAUUGUGAGAAGGAUAAUGUUUUAUUUUACUAUGUAAAUUCAGCUGGAGAUGUGGUAUAUGGAAUUAAUGGUGAUGAGAAAGGGGUAAUUUUCAGUGGAAUUGAUACAAGAGGGCCACUAUGGACGCUACUAGAUAUUUAUGGGAAUUGUACGGCGGUUGAGUUUUUAGAUGCUCGGAUUUAUAUGUAUCAGCAAUCGGCUGGUUAUCAGCAAAGACGAUCACUGCCUGACACCGAGGUGGAUAGGGUUGUUGUGCCUUCUAUACAAUCCUUGAAUUUAAGCGACGAUACAUCUUCCGCACUGCCCCCCGUCAGAUAUAAUGCCAAUGGACGACUUAUCCCUGUACCGUUCCAUAUAACGAAAGGACGAAACAUUCGACUGUCAGCGGAUCGUUUUAUUGCCACUAGGACUGAGACUGAUUUUUGUCAAGGAUACGUUUUUACAGCUCGACCUCUGCGAAUUGGAGAAAAAGUCAUUGUACAGAUCCUUAAGACGGAACACAUGUACGUAGGAGCCUUAGCUUUAGGUCUGACAUCCUGCAAUCCAGCAACUUUGCAGCCGUCCGAUUUGCCGGAUGAUUCAGACUUUUUAUUGGAUCGACCAGAAUAUUGGGUAGUGAGUAAGGAUAUUGCAUCCACGCCUCAACGAGGUGACGAAAUUGCGUUUUGUGUUACUCCAAGCGGUGAAGUAACUAUCAGCAAAAAUGAUGGAGCUCCAAUAGUAGUGAUGCACGUCGACCAAAGCCUACAAUUGUGGGCAUUCCUAGAUGUGUACGGCUCAACGCAAAGUGUUCGGGUUUUCCGUCAGCCACCUGUAAACUUGCCACCGAUGCAACAACAAACGUGCGGUGGGGUUUCACAAGUCCCUACAUCGCCGCGACGCCUUCAAGUUGCCCUGCCUGCCUCUGAGUCGAUCAAUAGUUUAAGUUCACAAAUCUCGGAUAGUCGAAAGCUCUCUGCAUCAGCUGCAGUAAUAGCCGCCCCGGCAGCAUUAACCACGACAUCAGCGAGUACAUCAAAUGGUAGGAUGAUAAGCGUCCCGUCCAAUGGUGAUAUGAUACAAAUCCAACCCGGCGGAACAGUAUUGGUUGUAAACUUGCCCCCAGCACAUCCAGAGGUAGCCCAACCUGGAAGCAGUCAGAGCCGCAAUAGUCAAAUUCCCGUGGCAGCGGUGAGUGCUGGACCACCUGGGUAUAGUGCUACGAUGAUGUCAAAUGGAAGCAGUACAUACAUUGAGCCUUGCACUAUCCCAUCGUCGGCCAACUCCUAUAACACAUUAAACCAAUGGAAGGACACUGGCGGUACAGGUGACAGUAGCAACUCAGGUGCCGAAUGUACAAUAUGCUAUGAGAACCAAAUUGAUUCGGUUCUAUAUAUGUGCGGUCAUAUGUGCAUGUGUUACGAAUGUGCAAUUGAGCAAUGGAGAGGAGUCGGUGGCGGACAAUGUCCACUGUGUCGAGCUGUGAUUCGUGAUGUAAUCCGCACUUAUACGACGUGAUAAGUUUACAUCACAUUUCUAGGACUUGGUAACAUUCAGUUACUCUAUCAAUAUGACUUCAAUAAAGUUGCAACAACAAAUUCACGUAAAAAGUUCUUAUAGAACUAACCUAAUUAUUUCAUACGCUAGAUAUUAUAAAUAAAAAUGUAUUCCCACGAUAUUCCCAUAAAUAUUCGUACCAAUUAGGAAGAAAGUGUGACAAAGUGAAAAUUUCCAAGUAAAUUCGUACGAUGUAUAGCGAAUGUAUAAUCUAAACUCGCGAAGGACCGUCUGAUGUCUUGUUUCGGACGAAAGCAGAAUUUGUUUAAAACACACCAAGUCAAAAUUAUGUAUAUAAAUUAUUUAUUUUAUUGUUAAACGUGACAUUCUAGGAACUUUCGAAAAUAUUCGAGUCUUGGCAUUUUUUCCUCGAAAAUGAAAACCAAAGCAUUAUCAAAUAACAAAAUGUUCUUUUCUCUUUUCUACAACAGACUCUAGACGUCUGCUUAUGGCUUUUCGUAUAUAAUUUUAUCCAAAUAUAUUAGCUUAUGAUAUUGUGAUUAUUUUGUUAUUAAAUUGUAUUUUUACUUUAUUUUACUAAUUCACAUACACAACACAAUUUUUUUUGUAACUAAUACAAUUGACUAUAUUUCAAAAACAUUCUAAAAAAGGAAUAGUUAGAUAGAAAAUAUUAAGUGGACACAUUCGAAUGCCAAAAUAAUUUUCUCUCUAAAUUGGAGCGAGCAGCUUUAUGACGCCGAAUUAAGUAGGGAUUACGAUAAUAGCGGAAGUUGAAAAUGAAAAUAAAAAUACAACACCAGAAAUACACACAAUACAAUACACAGUCUUAUUAUAAUAAAAUAUUCUUACAUAAAGUGACGAAAAACAAAGGCCAAAUAUUUAACAAAUAGAAAAUAAUAUUAUAAUAACAUAGCAACGAACAAAUUGAUAUAUAUAAAUAUAUAUAAAUUUACAUACUUAAUGAAAAUGUGAGAUGAUUUUAGAAACUGAGGUCAGUUAGUUUGCAAAGUAGAAAUUUGGACGUAUGAGGGAGAAUAGGUAGCCAGUUUAAACGGAUACGAGCUUCACGUUAUCGCCACGCGUAUUUAUAAUACAAUAUAUUAGGGAGAUGUAACUGUGUCAGAUCAAUUGCUGCAUUUUUUAAAUCUUAGUUUGCGAAGUUCGCCGAAUAGUGUAACGUACUUUCAAAUUGACAGAUCGUCAACGAAAAAUUGUUUCCAUCCUGUUAGUGUUGUUAAUAUUUGCAAUUAAAUUGAUGGCAUUCGAAGGAUCUGAUGAUUUGAUGUUCGAAGACCUAACGAAAGGGGGGACGAGCCUGGAAUUUUUUUGGGGGCCCGCAGUAGAAAUUUCAA